ACCUCCACAUUCCUUCGUAACGCCCCGCCCGCUUGGCGCCCCCUCAGCCGCCUCAGAACUCCGACGGCGAGCUGUGGACGGGGAAAGUUCGCGCCUCUCGCUCCCUCACUCGCUCCUUCACUCCCUCGCUCCCUCACUCGCUCGCUCCCACGGGGAAAGUUCGCCUCGCUCGCUCCCUCGCGCCUCUCUCGCCUCAACUCCUUCCUCGUGACAAUCCACAGCCUCCAUUCAACGUCUCUGUCCAUCAGCUAAACCCCCUCCCCUCUCCCCCCCUCGCUCUCUCUCUCGUCUCCGCCUCUCUCCUCAGUCGGCUCCGUCUUUGUCUCUCUCUCGUCCGUCUUUGUCUCUCUCGUCCGUCUUUGUCUCUCUCCGUCUCUCUCCAUGGCUCCCGCCGGCGUCUGGAUGCGGCUGCUGGCGGUGGCGAUGGCGGUGGUCGUGGUGAUGGCCGCCCCUCCUCCAAGCUCCGCCCAUCCCCAGGUGGCCAUGUUCUGCGGGAAGCUGAACAUGCACCUGGACCUGCGCACGGGCGUCUGGGAGCCCGACCCAUCCGGUACCACGUCCUGCCUGAGCAGCAGCCACGACAUCCUCAAGUACUGCCAGCAGGUGUACCCGGACUUGCGGGUGACGGGCGUUGAAGAGGCGACGCAGGCCGUGUCGGUGGACAACUGGUGCAGGAGGGGCAAGGCUCGCUGCCACGCCAACUCGCACAUCGUGCUGCCCUACCACUGCCUGGUUGAGGUGGAGCAGGAGGUGGACAUGGAGGAGGCCACCGUGACCGAUGGCGACGCUCACUCGCAGCUGGGCGACUGCGUCCAGAUGGGUCAGAUGAAGUUGGACGAGUGUCACCCGGCCAGGUUCUGGAAGCGUCUUGCUCGCCAGAUGUGCCUGGAGUACACCCUGUGGGACUACACCCCCAGAAGGCCGUGCGGCGCGGACGGCUUCCGCGGCAUACGCUACACGUGCUGCCCGUCCCCCGCCGGCGGCUCGGAGGAGACGCGCUCGCGGGAAGUCUCCUCCUACGACGACUACGACGAUGAUGACGUCGACGACGUCCAGGAGGAGGUGGUGGCGGCGGAAGAGGAGGAUGAGGAGGUCCCUGAGGUAGAGGAGGAGGUCGUCCCUGAGGAGGAGGAGGAGGAGGAGGAUGAAGACGUGGUGGAGGAUGAGGAGGAGGUCGACGCUCCUGAAGAGGAAUUUUCCCAGGACGAGGUGGAGGACGAGGUGGAGGAGGAGGAGCAGGAGGAGCAGCAGGAGGAGGAGGAGGAGGGGUACGAUUUGAGAAAUGACGAGGACGAGGCUGCGGACAAGCCCCAGAGGAGCCCUUACGAGGACGACCUGGAGCUGUGGUUCGACAUGAACGACGCGCAGUCCAGCGAGGAGGCCGACACGGACGCGGCCGCGCCCGUCGGGGAGGACCACGCGGACGAAGACUACCCGGCCGUCGUCGAGGGCGACGGCGACGACGACGACGAGGGGGAGGAGGAGGAGGAGGAGUCUGACUACGAGACGCGGGAGGGGAGCGACCCCGGCACGGACGACUACAACGUGGAGUACGACUGGCCCAGCGCACCCGGGCACAGCGACUAUGAGGAUCGGGAGGCGGAGGAGGAGGAGGCGGAGGAGGAGGCCGGCGAGACUGGCGCUGACGACGAUAACGACGAGCAGCAGCAGCAGCAGGACGUGUUGAAGCUGUACUUCGAUUCGCCGGCGGGCGACGAGCUGGAGCACGACCGCUUCCUCAAGGCCAAGGACCAGCUGGAGGUGCAUCAUCACCUCCGGCUCAUCCAGAUCAUGAAGGCGUGGGAGGAAGCGAAGAUCAACGCGGAGAACAGACCCAACAGUGACCGCCAGGCAGCCGCCCUCAUUAAGCGGUUCCAGCGGCUGGUGAACCAGCUGGACACGGCGCUGGCGAGCGCCAAGCAGCGACUGAGCGACACUCACCAAUCUCGCGUGGAGGCGGCCCUCAACAUGCAACGGCGCUCCGCCCUGGAGGAAUACCUGUCCCAGCUGCAGGCACAGCCACCCAAGCGUGAGCGCCUGCUGCACGCGCUCAAGCGCUACAUGUGGACGGAGCAGCGUGACCAGGUCCACUCCGUGAGACACUUCCAGCACACGCAGCGCAGCAGUGAUCCUCCGCCUCCUCCGACCGCCCUGCUGAUGGUUCAGGCCCACCUGACGGUGAUCAAGAAACGUCUCAACGAGAGCCUCUCCCUUCUCAGCCAAGUGCCCAGGCUUGGCCCCGGCAUCCAGGCCCAGAUAAGUGGUCUGGCGGCCUACGUGCAGAGCUACGGGCAGGGCCUGCUCAACGUGGGCCAGAGCUACGGCUCGGACGGCCUCAUGCCGCCCAGCGACACGCCGCCCGCCCUGUGGCCUGAACGGGCACGCGAGGGACCCCCGGUGGACGAUGACGAGAACGGGAAUGCGACCGACGAGGACCUCGCCUCUGACCUCUUCCAGAUGGAUGCGCGCAAGGCCGAGCAGUUCAACGUGUGGGCCGUGAUCGCCCUGCUCGUCGGCAUCGCCGUGGUGACCACCGUGGUCAUCGGGAGCCUGGUGCUGCUCCGCCGCAAGGCUUACCGCCCCGUCAGCACCACCGAGGUGGACGAGGAGCUCUCCCACGAGGAGCGCCACCUGACCAAGAUGCAGCAGAAUGGCUAUGAGAACCCCACCUACAAACUCUACGAGGCCCUGCAGCACUGAGCAACACACCACAGCACGACACAGCACCACACAGCACGGCACAGCACGACACAGAACCACACAGCACCGCACAGAACCACACAGCACCACACAGCACCGCACAGCACCACACAGAACCACACGGAACCACACAGCACGCCACAGCACACGCCACAGCACACGCCACACAGCCCUGCUAUGGUACGGGGGAGGCACAUCGCGCGAUGCGGCACAGGGGCAGCGUCUUAACUGCAGCGUAGUGACACAAGGCGCUGAAACACGGCGGUCGAUUUGGCAAACGGUAGAAUACGCAGCGGCGGCUUGCAACGCAACACGGCCUCGCGAUUCCGGAUCGACGAGGCGUGGAGCCUCGCGAUUCCGGCUCGCCUAGGCCCGGACCGUGGGCAGUUCUGAUGCAGACGCGUGCACGCACGCAGACAAUACCCGUGUAGCCUUAACAGACUCUUGGGGAAAAUACUGUUAGUGAGUAGCAGCUACACAUAGACACACGCACAGACACGCACAGACACGCACGUACACACAAA